GUGGGUGCUCCCUAGCUGGAAACAGAGAUGGAAUGGGCUAGCAAUUGUAACAGCCUGGAAGGUCAAAAUACUUCAGAUUGAGUUCUCUUGUGGUAGUAUGGCACCAGAUGUCUUCCGAUCUCUCAGCGUUCCUAGAUGGCAGGGAUGCAAACUCUCUCCUCAAACGUUCUCCACGGGCCAAUGGCUUCCUGGAGGAGUUUCGGCAGGGUAACAUUGAGAGGGAGUGUGCCGAGGAGAGCUGCAGCUUUGAGGAGGCCAAUGAAGUGUUUGAAAAUAAGGAGCGAACGAUGGAGUUCUGGAAAAACCGCAGCAUCUACACAGUGAACAGCAAUGCUGAUUCCCGCUUGGAGCGCCCGGACACUGUGUACAUGGUAGUGCCUCUCCUGGGCGUGGCUCUCCUCAUCAUCAUCGCCCUCUUCCUCAUCUGGCGCUGUCAACUGCAGAAGGCCACGCGCCGGCGUCCGGCCUACACCCAGAAUCGCUAUCUGGCUAACCGAAAUGCCCGCAGCCUCCCGCGCAUCCUGGUGCACCGGGACCCUCCCUCACAUUCAGAGAACUCUAACGCCAAUGACAGGCCAGGCGUGGGGGUCAGCAGUGGCGAGAGGGGCAGGGUUUCGGUCGCACCACAAGACGGACAUCAUCACUCCAGCCACUCUCAGAACAAUCGCUCCCUGUAUGUACAAGAUUCAUCUUUGUCCGUGGCUUCCCACCUCUCCGGAGCGACCCCACCGCCUUCCUAUGAGGAAGUUACCGGCCACUUAGAGAGCAGCAGCGAUGAGACUACAGCCCCUUACAGUGAUCCUCCACCCAAAUAUGAGGAGAUAGUGCUAGAAAAGUGAGAUCUUUCAUAAAAGAGGAUUCAUAUAGCGGUAACCAAACGUUAAGGAUGCACUGGUUCCCAAGCACUGAUCUUAAUGUGGCUCUCACUCUGAACAGAGUGUGCAGGCUAUGAACGUGUACGGUCUUCUUUUGUCGUAGAUCGUGGACUGCACUAAUAAACGUGGUUGUUUUUCAAGUCGGAGAGGGGCCUCCUGCCUUCACACUCAUGCAGCCUUCUCACUGUUUCUCUCCUUCUUCGGCUGCAGUGGCUGCCCUUCAGAACAAAAAUGUGUAGAAGUAAGUGAAGAAGAGAUACAUCCCUCACAAGAGUUGCCAAGUUGUGCGCUGCAUUGUAAUCGCAUCAGGCUUCAAGCUUCAGAGCCUGCUAGGAAUCAGGAUUGUGACAAAUCCAACUGGUGUAUGGUAGAAAUGUGCAGACACACUGAAUAUUCAUAGUGUGUGCAUGCUGUCCUUUCUUGCAUUCAUAAAGUCAUGAUUUCACAAUUCCCUUACACCACGUAUACUAAUACCAGUAUCUCUGAUCCAUGCCAACGUCCUUAGAAUUAAUUAACACUGAUGGGAACAGAACAAAUCCAAAGCACAUAUCUGUAAAAUUGAAGAAAAUGCACUCACAGGUAUGCACACAAUUCGAUUGUUUACAGACACAUUCACAGAAAUUUACAUUGAAUGUAAUGCGUUUGUUUCGUGUGGAGCUAGGCCUUAGAAACACGUAAGAAUAGUCAAUCAAAUCGUCUGCUCGGUUGCUCAUUAUUUUACGGUUAUUGUGAGAUUUUACCUCAAAUGCUGUGCUCACACAAUCACUCUCUCUCAAGACACAAAUGCACACACACACACACACACAACUGUGUUUUGGGCCCAAUCAUUGGAUAAUACAACAUUCCAGGCCCUCGAUGUUUUUGUUUUGUUGUUCUCACCGUUGUUCUUAGACUGUUUACAGUGUGUUUUAUUACUCUUUUUAAUAACAGUGUAAAAACUGUGUGAAUUUGUACAGAGCUUUCUGUUGCUUUUGACAUUACUAGGUGCUAUACUGUACUAUAAUGCUGCUUGUUCUCACCUUCUUUCCCUCCUCAUCACUAUCUCUCUGUGUAUACUCCUUGUGCUCUAUCUAGUCAACCAAACUGCCCAUCUAUUAAACGCGGCUGAAUCACAUUUUCCAGCUCAGGUUUAAGCCAAUGAACUGCUGCCAUUGUAGUAAAUGUGUAAAUAAUCUCAAUCUCUCACACUGCCAACUUCUGAGUGACUGGGAUAUUUGACUUAAGGCAUGGUAACAUUUACCAACGUUCGCUGAAUUUUUGCUUGCAAAAUACAGUUAUUUGCGCUGACGGCAUAAGAUUGCCUUAGGCAGAUUUCACAACGUUUGCUCAAAUUAGCCGGUUUGACCACAACAUUUUGCGAAUAUGACCAGACUUUUGAGUUGUGAUGGGAAUAUUGCUGUAUCAAUCCAAUAUAAAUGUAAAAGUGACAUUGCAAGGCAUCAGUGGGUUGAUGAGCAAAGCACUAAAACUAAUGAAGCCUUAAUAGAUCAAACCGAUUGAAUAAAUAUACAAACACAGUAUUUGAAAGAUGUACUGGGGAAGUGCGUUUUGACCUUGCUUCUGCUCAUUGAAAAUGGAGGAAUUGCAAACGACUAACUUGAUUUGGGGCUUGGCUCAAGUCUCUUGGGCCUCUUUCUCCAGCCGCAACAAUCAGUCCCACAAUGCCCCAGCUCAGUAGACAGCAUUGAUAACGGCUGGCACGGACCGCAGAUCAGUUUCAGGCUUGGUUGCUGUUGAAAGACUGAUAAGAGAAUAGCAUAGACAACUCACUAUAGCAGACGAUGAGCGUUACGAGAUGAGCUGGACUGCUGGUAGCUUCAGUGAGUUGUAAGUUAUGGCUGAACGUCACAAUGCCGCAUAAAGCAACAGGUUUCUAUUGUAACAACAUCGUGUCAGAGGUAGCAAGAGAGAUCUGUAUGCGUGAAGAAAUGUGUGGGAGAAUAUGUGUGUACGUGUUCGUAUCUAUGCCUGUUGCCAGCGCUCAUGUUCCUGUCUAGGGUUUGUGCUAGUAAGAAUGUGCCACAGAAGCCACAGGCUUUGGUUUAUAUGCUAAAUGUUAUAUCCUAAACCAAAACAUGAUUCAUCAUUGUUGUUCUUCAAGCCAAAUUGCAUGAUUUUUCUCAUCAAUAAUGAUAUGUAUUUUAUUUUUGUAUAUUGUUUUGCAUUUAUAUAUACCGUAUAUGUUUCCACUGUGGUUCUUAAUUAUCUUAAAUCUGUUUGUGCUAGUUACAACAAUUUUGCAUUUAAAUGUAAACACGUUUUAUGAACAUAAGCACUGGUAUUGAAAUUCAUAAUUAUGACAGAAUUGUACAUUUGUUUGUCUUGUAUCAGAUUUCCUUCAUUUUAGGCAUCAUGGCAAUUUCUAUACCAAAUGGAUAUAAUAUACUCAAAUAUCCAUUUAGUGUGAAUAUACAUUGCAUAUAAUCAGUUGCACAUGAAAGUCAGUUGCGUAAAUAGUAAACUGAUGCAUGAAUCCAGAUUUAUUUUUUAUUUUGUUUUAGAAAUAUUUCUUCAUAUUUAAAAAAAGAAUCAACACAGCUCUGAGAGCUCAGUUUAAUUCAUGUUGAGUGCUUUGUGUUUUGCCACAGACUUGUUAAAAGCGUGAACUAUCAAUGAAGUAUGUAUCCCACCCACAGACAAUGAUCAUUUAUUGCUCUUUAGUACUUUUAAUUAGGCUUUAAUUGUGUUUAAUAGACCACUGACUUUAAAAACAGCCAGAAGUCUUUAGAGUCUUCCAUAACAAAUCUAUAUAGCUUUUCUUUAAAGACUGGUCUCACAUGGAUCUUAACAGAGCUUCCAAUGAGAUUGAUAUGUUUUGAAAAAUUAAGUUGUUCCUGUUCUGUCACAAACAUCAUUUCAUUAAAUUUUUAUUUGCAGUACAUAUUAUAUUUGGCUAAAGAGUUGUGAUUAGAUAACUUAUUUUCGUUUCCCUGAGGUUCUAUUAUAGUUUGUGUUCAUAUUUUUAAUUAGUUUUCGAUUUUUAUUUUCCAUUUUAAAUAAUGUAGUUUUUGUCAUUUAUUAUUUUUUUUAUAUGUUUUUGCAUAGAUUUAUAGUACAUUCUGUAUAGGGUUUAGUUUAAUAAAUUUUAGUGCAUUAAGUUAACAAGCUGAAAUAUAUAUAUUUUUUUAUGUUUAAUAACCCUGUUAGAAAAACACUACAUGUUUACAUUUUGCUCAAAAAUGUGUAUUUAUGGCCACGGUAUAUAUCCAAAACAUAUGCAUUUGUUAAAUUAAGGGAGAUAAAACAACAUUGCACAUGUAUGAUACUUGAGAAGUGUUUUCCUUUCCCUGAGAUCACACUUUUAUUAAAUGUUCUAAGUGCCAAUUUACUUUUUGUGAAAACAAUGAUGUUCUUGGAUAAUAAUCUAUUAAAAAUGGAAAAACGCUGUAUAUA